AUGGUGAAGAUCUGCUGCAUCGGCGCUGGCUACGUGGGUGGCCCGACGAUGGCGGUGAUCGCGCUCAAGUGCCCGGACGUGGAGGUGGUGGUGGUGGACAUCUCCGAGGCUCGCAUCGCCGGCUGGAACAGCGAGCGCCUCCCCAUCUACGAGCCCGGCCUGGACGACGUCGUCAGGCAGUGCCGCGGCCGCAACCUCUUCUUCAGCACCGACGUGCAGCGCUACGUGGGCGAGGCCGACAUCGUGUUCGUCUCCGUCAACACCCCCACCAAGACCCGCGGCCUCGGCGCCGGCAAGGCCGCCGACCUCACCUACUGGGAGAGCGCCGCGCGCAUGAUCGCCGACGUCUCCCGCUCCGACAAGAUCGUGGUCGAGAAGUCCACCGUGCCCGUCAAGACCGCCGAGGCCAUCGAGAAGAUCCUCGCCCACAACGGCCGCGGCGUCCGGUACCAGAUCCUGUCCAACCCGGAGUUCCUCGCCGAGGGCACCGCCGUGCAGGACCUCUUCGUGCCCGACCGCGUCCUCAUCGGCGGCCGCGAGACCCCCGAGGGGCAGGCCGCCGUGAAGGUCCUCAAGGACGUGUACGCGCGCUGGGUCCCCGAGGACCGCAUCAUCACCACCAACCUCUGGUCGGCCGAGCUGUCCAAGCUCGCCGCCAACGCCUUCCUCGCGCAGCGCAUCUCCUCCGUCAACGCCAUCUCCGCGUUGUGCGAGGCCACCGGCGCCGACGUCACCGAGGUGGCCUGCUCCAUCGGCAAGGACUCGCGCAUCGGCCCGCGCUUCCUCUCCGCCAGCGUCGGCUUCGGCGGCUCCUGCUUCCAGAAGGACAUCCUCAACCUCGUCUACAUCUGCGAGUGCUACGGCCUCCCCGAGGUGGCGGACUACUGGCGGCAGGUCAUCGGCAUCAACGACUACCAGAAGAGCCGCUUCGUCAACCGCGUCGUCUCCUCCAUGUUCAACACCGUCGCCGGGAAGAAGGUGGCCGUGCUGGGGUUCGCCUUCAAGAAGGACACCGGCGACACGCGCGAGACGCCGGCCAUCGACGUGUGUCGGGGCCUGCUCGGGGACAAGGCCGUCGUCAGCAUCUACGACCCGCAGGUGACGGAGGAGCAGGUGCGGCGCGACCUCGCCAUGAACAAGUUCGACUGGGACCACCCGCGCCACCUGCAGCCCGUGGGCGAGCCCGCCGAUCAGCCCGUCGCCGUCACGUCGGACGCGUACGAGGCCGCCCGCGACGCGCACGCCGUCUGCAUCCUGACCGAGUGGGAGGAGUUCAGGAGCCUCGACUACAGGCGCAUGUACGACAUCAUGCAGAAGCCGGCUUUCGUCUUCGACGGCCGCAACAUCGUCGACGCGGAGAAGCUCCGGGACAUUGGAUUCAUCGUGUACGCCAUUGGCAAGCCGCUUGACCAGUGGCUCAAGGACAUGCCAGCAGUCGCCUGAGAGGCGAUGAACGCUGAGUCACUGUUAUAUAU